AUGUGUUUUGUAAAAGUCAAGGACGAUGACUACUACCGGCCAGCACGAGAAACUCGUCGCGUGAGGAUCUACUCGGAAUCGCCUCCACGUUCAGUGCGGCGAAUCUCGCGUACAUAUAUCGAUGAACGACCGCCUCCACCGCCGGCCAUGACCAUGCGCUCUACAUACAUGCGGACCCUGCCAAUGCCUCCUGCUCCACCAUCAUACGCGCUGCCACCGUCCACAAAGGCAACGACUGUUAUUGAAGUGCCUCCCUCCGCUCCAGCAUCUGCUGCUCCAUCCAAAGCUCCCACUGCAGCUCCUAGUAAAGCUCCCAGUAAAGCCCCAUCCGCAGCGCCUAGUAAAGCUCCCAGCAAGGCACCCACCGCAGCACCUAGCAAAGCACCUACUGCAGCUCCCAGCAAAGCUCCCUCUGCGGCUCCCAGCAAGGCGUCCAGCAAGGCACCCACAGCAGUUCCCAGUAAAGCACCAACUCCACCACCUGCCAGCAAAGCUCCCAGUCGAGCACCGAGCAGAGCACCCACUCGUCACUCCCACUACGUCGAAGUCAACGAGGAAUCCGACACAGACUCGGACAGUUCUAGCGAAGCGGACGAUGUCCGCUCUCACGCCACUCACAAAACAUCCAAGACGUCCAAGACAGAUAAAUCCUCGCAUUCGCUCAAGUCAUCUCCUCCUCCUCCUCCAGCUUCCAAGGCGGGAGGCGCUCCUUUGUCGGAGUUUUCCUUGCAUGAAAGGGAGAAGGAGAUUCGAAGAUAUCGAGGACAAUCGCAUUCGAGACCGAUUGAUGAAUUCGCCACGUAUCAGUAUGUUGAAGCACCGAUCCGGGCGAGGAGUCGGACGAGCUGGGCGGGGAUGUAA